GAUAAGCCCAUCAUUGGAAAGAAAAGAACUUUUAAGAAAGAAGAAAGAAAGGAUUGAAGUGUGCCAAAAGCACAAUAAUCUACCUACUCAAAAAAGCUAGCUAGUCUAGACCCCUGUUUUCAAUGCAAUAAAGCAAGUAAACACUCCUUCACCACCUCGGUGGCCUUAUUAGUAUGAUAGCUCUACCGGAUUAGUUUGCACAAAAAGACUUUUUCGUGCGUAAGGCUGAUGCCAGAACUGCACUUAGGCACUGGUCGUUGCCAGCCACCAGCUCCGUACGGUACAACUGCUAAUAGCGACCGCGAGCUGCUGUGGCUGUCACUUGUAUAACACCUAUCACCUCUCAUGCCGCUUCCUCCAAAAUAGCUACCAAACCUUUUUGGAGACCCGCCUUUAUUGGAUAGGCGUCACAUAGUAGUACCUGGUACCGCUACCGCUAUCCUCGGCGUAGAGACCUUGGAAGAGCACAAGAUUUCUGCGGCUCCCCCAGAAGAAACCGUAGAGAGCAUGAAGAACGCAUCUCAGGAGAACGCAAUGGCUGAUACUAUAACAGACCUCCUGCCGCACGAUGUCCUUCUAGGACGAGGCCUUGGAUCAAGUCAGUAUCAGGGUAACAAGGCAUUUCUGGAGGUUGUCGAGCAAUACAAAGCAUCCUACAACCAGACUUUAUCCUAUAAAGAGAAAAAAUCGAUCGCAAAGGAAGUAUUUGGAAUUAUUCAAUCUCGUGGUGGAAGGUUUCUCAAGCUCUUGAAUUACCAGAAGGGAGCACGAAAUGUCGUGCAAGAGGGUGCCUGGUGCCUAGCAAAUGUAGAUGAAGCAUUGGAGAAGUGCAAGCAAGCGCUUCGACAGCAAAGAGACAAACCUACGCAAAAACUGUCUUCAUCGUCUCGAACUGCUAGCUCUGGAUCUUCGGAUGGAACACAAAGAGAGCAAAAAGAAGAACAAUCCAGUGCCGUGGCCCAGUCAGAAGGGUGUAAAGUUUCUGGCCAUGGCUUUAAACCAGAGGAAGGAUCUGCUUCUGUGGUGGUCAAUGAAUCCGCUACUACUCAAGGGGAUGAUCAAGUACCGAACUUUGCGCUUGUAGGUGAUGCACAGGGCGUAUCCCUUCAACAGGCUAGUGGAUCUUGUUUUACAGUUUCUCCCUUUUCGGACAUGCCAAACUCGUUGUUGGUGGAGGAUGUGCCACCAGAUGAACGCUCAUCUCCCCCUUCCGAGCCCGAAGACAUCGACACAACUCUAGCAAAACUUGUCGUGGAUGGUCUUCCCACCUUCACAAAGGAUCAAGAAUUGAAGGAAAGGGCCAGCCUCACAGAUGUUGAAAAGGAUGAAGCCAUGUCAGAUGUCUUUGGCAAGCUACAUGUAUCGGAGCCCGGUAAACGAGCAAAGAGGGAUUUUGACAAUGAAUCAAAACAUGCGCUGCUUCGGGAGAUGAGACAAGAACUGGAACAGAUACCAAAGGUUCGAAAGCAGGCAUUGGAAAGGGCACAAGGAUCUUGCGAUUCCUCCGAGUUCAGCGAUGAGCGUCUCUCCCGCUUCUUGCGAGUGGAAGGCUACAAUCCCACACUUGCUGCACAACGCUUUGUGAGGUAUUGGGAGGGUCGACUUGAAGUUUUUGGGCCAGACAAGUUCCUCAUGCCCAUGACCUUGGCGGGGGCGUUUCAAGAGGACCACAAUGCCAUUGAAGAUUGUGUGCAGUGCAUCCUUCCAUAUCCGGACUCCUUUGGAAGGCCAAUUGUGUUUGCGGAUCCCACGCGACGCCGACCAGAUCGCUAUUCAUCCCAGAGUGGGCUCCGUGCACUGUGGUACGGGAUGGAAGUACUUUCCCGUGAUCAUGACAGCGCAACGUUUGUUGUCCUGUGUUGGGUGAAACACGCCACCAUUUGGGACUUUGACCGCUAUGUGUACUGCCGUUUUCCGUACUACCAGAAUGACUUCUUUCCAUUUCGGCGGGCGGCUUCACAUGACUGUUGUGCCGAUAAAUUAGGAGUGACCCUGUUCAGGCCGGUUGAUAUGAUAGUCCAUGACAAGGCAUCGAGAAUGCGAAGGAUGCAUCACUGCGUACCAGAGAGCGAAAUCGUCGCAGUCCUAAAAGCGUAUGGAAUUGAGCGCUGGAUGUUACCCCUUGAGAUGGGAGGAACGCUUGAGGACGUUCAAAGGAAAUGGGUGGCCCAGAGGAGGGCUCUGGAGCACUCAGCGAAGCCUAUCUAGUCAACGCAACCGGUAACACAUCACCUUAUUGAGUGAUAGUAUCACACUACUACUACUAGAGUAUUGGACUACCAACUACAUGUUAUGUUUUAUGUGAUAUGCCUGCGGGAU